AUGGCAGAUAAAAACUAUGCGGGUCACCAGAAGGACAACCGGACGGUGUACCCAAGAAUGAUGCAGAGUGGACCGUUUACUGUUGAAGCUUCAGGAUAUUCACCUGUCAAAGGCGAAACCAUCCCCCGGCGGCAUCCGAAAUCAAAGGACAAGCUGAUCGAUUCGCCCUCGGAGGACGUCAAAACAAUAUUCGACAUACUCAAGCGUAGUGCAAAUGCCUAUGGAAAUGCAAAAGCGCUUGGCUCGAGAAAGCUGAUCAAGACGCAUAUCGAGACGAAACAGAUCAAGAAGAUGAUCGAAGGAAAGGAGCAAAUGGUGGACAAGAAGUGGACUUACUUCGAGCUAAGCGGAUACAAUUUCAUUACUUUCACCGAGUACGAGAAGCUAUGCAUGCAAAUCGGUGCUGGCUUGAGAGAGUCUGGCCUUGCUAAAGGCGACAUACUACACCUCUUUGCGGCAACGAGUCCUCAUUGGCUGGGGAUGUCUCAUGGCGCGGUUUCACAAUCUAUUGCUAUAGCUACAGCAUAUGAUACCUUAGGUGAAGAGGGCCUCAAGCAUUCUCUAGUUCAGGUGGAAGCCAAGGCUAUCUAUUGCGACCCUCAUCUGCUCGGCAAUUUGGUAAAUCCACUCACAGAAGCUACAAACGUGAAACUCGUGAUCUACAAUGACGACGGAGAGCCCAAACAAGAGAACAUCAACAAGCUUAAAGCGCUGAGCAGCAGUCCUCAAGUCUUGAGCUUCGAGGAGCUUCGAAAGUUAGGCGAAGAGAAUCCGGUUGAACCCACGCCACCGUCACCCGAAGAUCUUUGCUGCAUUAUGUAUACCUCGGGCUCCACCGGAACUCCAAAAGGUGUACCGCUAAAGCACAAGUCAGUCCUUGCAUCUAUCGCUGGGGUGACGACCAUUAUCGGUCAAUACAUUGGGCCAGGCGAUAAAUUGCUGACUUACCUGCCCCUUGCUCACAUUCUUGAAUUUGUAUUUGAGAAUGCUUGCCUAUUCUGGGGUGGCACUAUGGGCUAUGGAAAUCCCAAGACGCUGUCGGAUUCGUCUGUCCGAAACUGCAAGGGUGACAUCCGGGAAUUCAAACCGACUAUUCUUGUGGGUGUACCCCAAGUUUGGGAAUCUGUGAAGAAAGGUAUCAUUGGCAAGGUGAACGCAGGAAGCCCGAUAGUGAAGAACAUGUUCUGGGGGGCUCUUGCUGCGAAGAGCUUCCUUAUGUCAUCCGGACUUCCUGGGAGCGGCCUUCUAGACGCCGUAGUAUUCAAGAAGAUCAAAGACGCUACUGGUGGUCAGCUGCGCGUUUGCAUGAAUGGUGGUGGUCCAAUUGCAAAGGACACACAACGCUUCAUUUCCCUCGCGAUAACACCUAUGAUAUCAGGAUAUGGAUUGACGGAGACUACGGCGAUGGGAGCUCUCAUGGACCCAUUACACUGGAGUGAUACCGCUCUUGGAGACAUCCCUUCAUCUAUCGAGAUCAAGCUGGUCGACUUCCCAGAUGCCGGAUAUUAUGCCGAAAAUAAGCCUCCGCAAGGUGAAAUUUGGAUCAGAGGAACGCCAGUGGUCGAGGGGUACUUCAAAAACGAAAAGGAAACCGCAGAAGCUUUCUCGGACGAUGGGUGGUUCAAGACGGGCGACAUUGGCGAAUUUGACAAGAAUGGCCAUCUAAGGAUAAUCGAUCGCAAGAAAAACCUCGUCAAGACCCUAAAUGGUGAGUACAUCGCAUUGGAGAAGCUUGAAUCGAUAUAUCGCUCGUCGUCGAUCGUUGCAAAUAUCUGCGUGUAUGCUGCAACGGACAAGAACAAACCAAUUGCCAUAAUUGUACCAGCAGAACCAGCACUCAAGAAGAAAGCGGAGCAGAACGGAGUUGAGGGCACUGGCCUCGAGGAGCUAGUGCACAACAAAAAGUUGAACACCCUCGUGCUCAAAGAGCUUCAAGAUGCAGGGAAGGGCGGUGGCUUACAGGGCAUCGAAAUUAUUGAAGGAGUUGUCAUGUCGGAAGAGGAAUGGACGCCAGCGAACGGAAUGACCACUGCAGCACAGAAGGUGAACAGGAGAGCGAUAUUGGACAAAUUCAAGAAGCAAAUCGAUCAAGCCUAUGGGGCAAAGUAG